GAGCACAGGAUUGAUUGCAUCACAAGAAACAAAGACAAGACUAAUGAUGUCCCAAAAACCACGAACUGUGAUCUGCGUCGGAGACAUCCAUGGAAACAUCUCGAUGCUCAGUAAACUCUGGCUUAAUCUUCAAUCGGCUCUUAAGUCAGAUUUCAGCUCAGCACUCGUCAUAUUCCUCGGCGACUACUGCGAUCGUGGACCGGAGACUCGAAAAGUCAUCGACUUCUUGAUCUCUCUGCCCGAGAAACAUCCUAAUCAGACGCAUGUAUUUCUGGCCGGGAACCACGACUUCGCUUUUGCUGGGUUCUUGGGUUUGCUACCUCGUCCUUUAGAUGGGUCUGGUUUCGAGGAAACGUGGAAAGAGUACUCUAAGAGUGAGGAGAGAGAAGGGUGGUAUAAAGGUGAAGGGUUCGAGGAUAUGCAUCUCAAAAGUAGGAGAUGGGCGGGCAAUAUUAGGGUUCAGUUCGAUUAUUCAGCGUAUGGGGUGGUGUAUAAUGGAUCCAUAUACGAUGCUGCGUCGACUUUUGAAUCCUAUGGGGUUCCUCAUGGAUCUUCUGAUUUGAUGUAUGCUGUACCGGAGAGUCACAAGAACUUCUUGACCAAUAUGGUAUGGGUCCAUGAAGAGGAUGAUGUUUGUAUAGAAACAGAAGAAGGGCUUAAGCAUUGUAAGUUGAUCGCCGUACAUGCUGGUUUAGAGAAAGGGAAUAACGUGGAAGAACAGCUCGAAUUAUUGAGAGCUAAAGACACAAGCAUCCCAAGGAUACAACCUCUAGUUGGUCGGAAAACCGUUUGGGACAUCCCACAGGAACUGGAUGAUAAACAGACUAUUGUUGUCAGCGGCCACCACGGGAAACUUUAUAUCGAUGGCUUGAGACUGAUCAUCGAUGAAGGCGGUGGAUAUGCUGAUAAACCUUUGGCUGCAAUUGCUCUUCCUUCUAAGAAGAUUAUCCGUGACACCGAUGAUAUCUCCAAUUAACUAUCUUGUUAUAUUCAUUAAUCAAUAGAGAAUUACGUUUACAUGUAUUCCUCUCAAUAAUUCAGUGAGUUAAAGAUUGAAAUUGUGCAUGUUGUUAGCUUAUGUAUGAACCACCUGAAUAAUAGACGACCAAAGACAAGAUUAUUAUU